CCAUCCCGAGCAGGGUUCCAUCCGCUGGUCGAACCGUCAGGCGCGAUACUGUAGUACAUCGACCGUUCCACCCAGAUCCCAAUCCCUAAGAGCCUCGGCCGCAUGUCAUGCGAGUGCUCUUUUGCCUUUCUUGUGACAGUCAAUCCGGACCCUUGCACCCCUCCUCCCCGGAUCCUGUUUGAAUCAGUUGACUGAAAAGGACUGUCGCUCUCCCUUCUCCCUCGCGUUGGAUCCCACUUGCAAUUCCAUCACAGCUCUCUUUCGUGUGUCUUUGUUGCACCCACCGGUCCGUCCGUCCCAAUACUGAAACGCUCCCUCCUUCAGGAUAGACGUCUUUGUUUAGAAACGAGAAAGCCAUCUUGCGGCGGCCACUCACCACCACCACCGCCACCAUCACCGCCGACAUCAUAGAAACUCCUCAACAUCGUCUUAUACCGCCUGUCUUUAGAAAUUAGACCAACCUCAAACCGACCAUAAUGGCUGCCCCAGCAAACAAAACACUCCGGGACCUAAACGGCACCUGGGUCAUGAACAAGUCCCUGUCCGACUCGGCCGACCCAGCCCUGGCGCUGCAGGGCGUAGGCUGGCUGACGCGCAAGGCCAUCGGCCUGGCGACGGUGACGCUGCACGUCAAGGAGUACGUCGACGACGACGGCAAGACGCACGUGGACAUCCAGCAGACCGCGACGGGCGGCGUCAAGGGCACGGCCGAGAACCGCACCCUCGACGACACCUUCCGCGAGCACAGCGACUGGCUGUUCGGCAACGUCAAGGGCCGCACCGGCUGGGUCGCCUCCAAGGACGGCAUCACCGACCAGUUCCUGCUCAAGGGCUGGGAGGCCUCGCAGGCCGAGUUCGUCGUGGGCUACGUCGAGAGCCUCGACCGCGGCUGGACGGCCACCCAGGUCUGGGGGUUCCAGGAGGUCAACGGCGAGCGGAGGUAUGCGCGCAACAUUGUUGUUGCCAAGGGCAGCGAGAGGGUCGAAAUGAGGCUCGUCUACGACUUUUACUCCGAGGAGGCCUAGGUGGUGAGCUCGGUGGUUGGGGAUAGAGUACACGGGCUGGCGUCUUCUCCCUGGAUGAGAUUGCGGAAUUGCGAGGCUCGAUGAGGCUGGGCUUGUGUAGUUGCUACCGAGAGACGGGGGCAUUGGGAGAUCUGACUUUGGGUCGAGGACGGCGUAUACCUUUCUGAAUACUUGCUACUGGAUCAACGCUACUGAUCUGUCUAUGCGGUGAAUGCAUCCGAGAUCACCUUAUUGAAGCCCGGCGCCCUGCAUCGAGAUGGUGAUACAACCAAGCAUUGUGGCAUACGGUCGGCGCUGCAUUAUUAGUACAUUCUCCCGGACGGAUUGCUCAGGCCGGAACAAGUGCUGGGCGUGAAUUUCACAUCACCAGGAAUCAACACGGG